CGAAUAUGGGAUCAAAACUGAAAGUCUUAUAGCAAAACGUAAUUUCAAAUUUGCCGACUCAAGUCAUUGAAUUCAAAUAAAAAUAAUGGAGGUAGAUGAUCAGAACACUGAUGGAAGGGCGGAGGUUAAAAAUAAUGAGGAUUCUGUUAAUUCCGGAGAAAAAUUCACUCAAGAAUCCUUAGAUAUGGAUAUUUCUCCAACUGAUGUUGCCGAACUCGAAGAAGACUGUCAACAGGAAAAAGAAGAGUUCGUACCUGAUAUUGCUGAAGAGGAGGAAUUGAGACAAUUUGAUGUGCUCGACGAUUUGGAAGCAUCUGAUUCAGAAGGUUGUUCCAAUGACAGUAUUGAUUCUGAUGUCCCAGAUGAUGAAAUUGAAGCUAUGCUAGAAGAAAGUCUGCCCGAAGAGUUCAAAAGAAAGUUGGCGGACAGAAAAAAUCAGGUGCAUUAUGAAGAGAAGGAAAAGCUUAUCAUGGAUGAGAUUGGACAUAAUCAUUUUGAAUUUUUACCUGAAGGGUGGGUCAAAGUAACACAUAAUAGUGGUAUGCCUUUAUAUUUGCAUAGACAGAGUAGAGUAUGUACGCUGUCAAGGCCUUAUUUUCUUGGACCAGGAAGUGUAAGAAAACAUGAAGUACCAGUAAGUGCCAUUCCUUGUUUACAAUAUAGAAGAGCAAUGAAAACAGAUGAGGAAGAAAAAAAAAGAAUGCAAGAUGUUCAAACUAGUAACUUGCCAAGUGCAAAAGUUGAAACUAUUCAAGAGCAUAGAGCAACACAAUCUAUUGAUGGAGAAAACCUUAGAAACUAUUGUCAAGCCCUAUUCCGUUUCAAAACCAUUAAAGUCUUGAGGUUCAAAUCUUGGUCUCAGAGAAGGAAAUUUGCUAAGAAUAGAAAAAAUCGUAAAGUAGAACGACCAACUUUACCAGAUAAUACUAAACUUAUCACUCUUCCUAUUGGUCUAAUUCCAAGAACUAGUAGUUCAACUAUAGAUGAAGACAGCAAUAAACCACCAAAGCCUUGGACAAUGAAUCCUUCUAAUAAGAGUUAUGUUUGUAUUUUACAUGAAUAUGUACAGCGUGUUUGGAAGACACAGCCUACAUAUAACUUCAAGGAAUUAGAAAAUCCAUCAACUCCUUACUCUGCAAAUGUAAGUAUCAACAACAUAGAGUAUGGUUCUGGUUUUGGUAGUAGUAAAAAACAAGCUAAAGCUAAUGCUGCAAAAACAGCUUUGGAAAUUUUAAUACCACAAAUGCGCGAUAAAAUUUUCGACAAUGCAGAAAAUAAUUCUUUGAACAGUAAUCUAUAUGUACAAACUUCCAAAGUUAAUACAGAUACAGAUUUAUCGUUUUUUGAUGAAAUUUCAAUUACUGAUCCAAGAGUUGCUGAAUUCUGUGCUAAAACUACUGAGCCCUUACCUUAUACAAUACUGACAACGUACUUGCAAAGAAAUCGCGACCUCAAAGACGUACAUAUAAAAUAUUCUGUGAAUACAUUGAAGCAUCAACGUAAUGAAUGUACUAUGAGAGUGGGUAAAUAUGAGAAUACAGUUAUCUGUAGAAACAAAAAAGAUGGCAAACAGAGGGCUGCUCAAGCAAUAUUGCAACUUAUUCAUCCUCACAUCAACUCCUGGGGUUCAUUAUUAAGGCUUUAUGGCUCUGGUAGUGUAAAAACAUUUAGAGAAAAGAAACAAUUGGAACAAGAAAUCACAUCACUUCAAGGUAAAGCUACAAUUAAUCAACCAAAUCAUGCAAUAUUAGAAAAGCUCAGGCAAGAAAUGAAGAAACUAUCUGAGGAAAGGCAAGCUGUGAAACCUAUUGGAAAAUUUGUUUCUCCAGACUUACCUACUGGAUCAACAUCAAAUUUAGAAAGUAUUGAUUUAUAAUAAAAUUCAAAUCAAUACCUAUGAACUAUCAUUCAUUUGAAAAACAUCCAAGAAACUAGCUAGUUAAAAAAAUGUAUAUAUUUUUCAAUAUAUUUUUACACAAACCAAAGCGCAUUUGAUCUAUAGUAGAUUUAUUUAUAGUAAUACUUAUUGUUACUAAUCAGUAAGAUUAACUUUGUUCAAUAAUUAAAGAAUGUUAUUUGUAAAUAAGUAUUCU